AUGAAAACGCCACGCUGCGGCUACAUUCUUCUGCCCAGCUUGCUAGAGGAAUCCCUGUCUCUAGAGCCUGAGGAAGAGGCUGAACAGGAGGAGCCAGUCAGGACAAGCACAGAUAUCCCGGACUUGUUCGCAGAAGAAUUUCAUGAGCCUGUGCUGAAUGGACAAAGCAACAUCAUGCACUUAGAAGAAAUCCAGAAGCUGGCACCACACCUUCCUCUGCGAGUGACUGGUCACCCGUGGAACCUCAUCUACUGUACAGCAAGGGAUGGAUUUAGCCUGAAGACUAUGUAUCGGAGCAUGAUCGACUUGGCCUCUCCUGUGUUGCUGGUUAUCAAAGACACCGAUGGCAAGAUAUUUGGGGCCUUUUCUUCUACAGCCAUCCAUGUCAGCAGCUGCUUCUAUGGCAAUGGAGAAACAUUUCUCUUCUCCUUCACUCCACAACUUAAGGUAUUUAAAUGGACAGGUAAAAAUACCUUCUUCAUGAAAGGAGAUGCAGACUCUCUAGCAAUCGGUGGAGGCAGUGGCAAAUUUGGAUUGUGGUUAGAUGGAGACCUGAACCAUGGAGGAAGCCACCCUUGCGAGACGUUCAACAAUGAGGCAUUAUCCCCCAAAGAGGAAUUCCUUAUCCAAGAGCUGGAAGUUUGGGCACUCUCUUAACUCAAAAGAAGAAGAAAAACAUAUUUAUUCUGGUGUGGGCGUUGCACAUGCAAUGGGAACAGGGUUUGGCUAGGAGUCCUCCUGCAGCAGCUUCUCAAAUCCCCUCCAAAUGAGCAUAAACCUGCUGUGGAUUCCUUGUGUCUCCAUAAAUUGGCAGGGAUGAAAAUUAUGCUAGAAGAAC